AUGAGCACUACUCACAAACUCUUGAAAACUCUUGCGCAGUUCAUUACCAGGUUUGCUCUUCUUGGGGCUCAUCAGACCCAAAUUGUUCGCACUUCUUCAAAUAUAUUCACUCACUACUUAGAUUGUUUGUUAACGAAAAGCUCAAAUGAAUCGUUUGUGUUAUUCUUCCACUUUACGCUGUGCAUGAAGAUCGCCGCAUAUUCCAAAUACGCACUGAACACAGUGGAUCUGUAUCCUUUGAAAGGGUCACUGUUCCAUAACCGACCCGUUACUGAUGAAAAAAUUGGAGUCAGAGAACUGAAUGAGUUCUUUCCUUUAAAAUGUACCGAUAAUGUUUUCCAAUUUCUUGCUGAACGGUUACCCAUCUUCAGAAAAAAGCGUUCAGCUGUAGCACUCUUUCAGUGCCUAGUUGUUGUGCCAUCCAAAGGAAGCUGGGGCUGGAAUACUGCCAAGUUGCCCAAGCCUAGACAGGGGAAGUCGAGAGGCAGAGGUCGGGUUCGAACCACGGACCUUCCGACUCAACAAACAGCGCAGGGCAUUCAUAUUUGCAAAGUGAUUAAAAGGAAUUCACAUUCUCAAUCGUCGGUUGAUCACCCUCAGCUUCCAACACCGAAACUGCUGAAAACUAUUCACAGUGGCUUACCAAAUCUAGUCGGAAACGAGAAACUAUUCACGAGGUUGCUGAAAAUCCUUCAACAACCCACAACCGGUUUCGCCCUUCUUGGGGCUCAUCAGGUAGGGGCAUUCCCCGAGUUUCCGUCAAACCUUAUGUUCUACUUGAAUCCAAAUUGUACUGUUUUCGAUAAAUACACUAAUUUGCAAAUCAGUUUUUCACGAGACUCAACUGAAUCUCCCGUUUAUGAUAUGAGGCGGCCUGAGUGCAGCAUAUUCAGUUGA